CUAUGCAUGCACCGGCCGCGUUCUACUACGCAAGCCGUUCCGACUGUAAAUAUGGAUUGAGUUGGGCGUUUGUCCAUACGCUUGAAUCUGGGAUCACUUCGUAAUGAAACGGCCGAUGAGUGACUCCAUUCUUGUGUUGCGUGCUUAAUUCAUUUUAAAGCAUACUUUAUUCGUUAAUUUCUUCGCUAUAAAUGAGUGCGAGUGCUUUGCAGUGAAAGUGGUGUGUUCACUUUUGUUUGAACUCUUUGAAAUUUCCUACUCUGUGGAUUAUAUCUCGUAAUAGGCUCUUUGAUCGCAGAUUAUGACUUGAAAAUUGCCGUGUUUACCUUUGCCGUUUCCCGAAUGUAGAGAAACCGGCAAUGUGGGUGCGCUAGCGGGGAGUAUGGGACCGCCGGGAUGGGCAUGCGCACAGACCCACGGGGCAAGUCUCGUCCGCUGACCACCGUUUCGGUACCACUACUCAUUCUACAUACAGCUGCUGCCUUAUUGGUUUUAUUAUUUCUGGAAACAGCAUUCUGUACCCAAGAUGGUUACAUCCACAUUACAGCUAUUUUGGGAGAAUCAGUUGUAUUCAACUGUCAUGUGGAAUUUCCGGAUGGACAUCCUGUGCCGUAUGUGUUGCAAUGGCAGAAGAAGGUAGGCGAAACGGGACAGGACAUACCAAUUUACAUUUGGUAUGAAAGCUAUCCAACUCAUAGCGGCGAAGGUUAUGAAGGAAGAGUGUCAAGAGUGUCACCGGAUUCUCCGUAUGGCGCCGCUUCACUUAACCUGACGAAUAUUCGCGAGUCGGAUCAAGGCUGGUACGAAUGUAAGGUGGUAUUCCUUAACCGGUCUCCGAACUCGCACAAAAAUGGUACUUGGUUCCACCUUGAUGUACAUGCUCCACCACGUUUUACGGAUACUCCAUCUGAAAUUAUUUACGUCAACUUGGGUGAUGCUAUCAUUCUCACUUGUACAGCUGAGGGCACACCUACACCAGAAAUUCUUUGGUAUAAAGAUGCCAAUCCUGUGGAACCUUCUGCCACUAUAGGGAUUUUUAAUGAUGGAACGGAACUGCGAAUAUCGAAUAUUCGACAUGAAGAUAUUGGAGACUACACUUGUAUUGCGAGGAAUGGUGAAGGUCAGAUUUCGCAUACUGCGAGAGUAAUAAUAGCUGGAGGUGCUGUAAUUAUGGUACCUCCAACUAACCAAACUAAAUUGGAGGGUGAGAAAGUGCACUUUACAUGUGAAGCAAAAGCUCAACCAGGAAACGUUACUGUUAAGUGGUUUCGAGAAGGUGCACCUGUUAAAGAACUUGCUUCUUUAGAAACAAGAGUUACUAUUAGAAGAGAUGGCUCACUUGUAAUCAACCCUGUGAGUUCUGAUGACUCUGGACAGUACCUGUGUGAAGUCAGUAACGGUAUUGGAGAACCUCAGUCUGCCUCAGCAUAUCUCAACGUAGAAUAUCCAGCUAAGGUGACGUUCACCCCAACUAUUCAGUACUUGCCAUUUCGAUUGGCUGGUGUUGUUCAGUGUUAUAUAAAAGCAAAUCCUCCUCUACAAUACGUAACGUGGACCAAAGAUAAACGCUUGUUAGAACCGUAUCAGACAAAAGAUAUCGUAAUUAUGAACAAUGGUUCUCUUCUUUUUACCCGAGUGAAUGAGAAUCAUCAAGGUCGUUACACUUGCACACCGUACAAUGCUCAAGGAACUCAAGGAUCUUCCGGUCAAAUGGAAGUUUUAGUUCGAAAGCCACCAGUAUUCAUAGUAGAACCAGAAGCUAUGUAUCAGCGAAAAGUUGGCGAAACUGUGGAUAUGCAUUGCGAAGCCCAAGAAGCUGAAGGAACACAAAAACCAAACAUAGAAUGGCAACGACGUGACGGAACUCCUUUGCCAAAAAACCGGGUUAAAAUUACCGGUGGCAAUAUAACUAUAGAAAGUUUACGUCGAUCGGAUUUCGGUUUUUAUCAAUGCGUGGCUUCCAACGAAGUAGCAACAAUUGUUACAGCUACACAGCUAGUCGUAGAAGGAACUCAACCCCACGCCCCAUACAAUUUAACGGGAGCAGCAUUGGAAUUUGCAGUUACACUGUCGUGGUUACCAGGGUAUAGUGGAGGACCUGAUUACAAGCAAAAUUAUACCAUUUGGUAUAGAGAAGCCGGUGCAUCUGAGUGGCAGACGAUACCAGUUACACCGUCUGGUAGCACGCAAAUUAAAAUUAAUCGUCUUACACCUGCAACUACCUAUGAAUUUCAAGUAGUCGGAAAAAAUGCCUUGGGCGAUGGAAUGAUGAGCAAGAUUAUUACUGUUCGCACUUUAGAUGUCAGUCUGCCCCAUAAAGUCCAAGUAACACCAACGCCCCUUCUUCCACCAAACGAAAAUUCGGAACUCUUGCAUUUAGGACCAAAGCCAGGUAUCCCUAGAAAUUUGACUGUGACAGAAAUUAGUAAUGGUUUUUUGAUAACGUGGCAGCCACCACUGGAAAGGGCCAACCUAAUACAACAUUACUCCAUAAAGUACCGAACAGAUGGUGGAUGGAAAACAUUGAAUAAAGCUCAAAUUCGACCUGAAGAUACUCAGUAUUUAGUUAAAAACUUAGUUGGAGGCAGAACGUACUAUUUUAGGAUUUUAGCAUACUCUAUGAAAAAUUAUGAAGCUAGUGAAGAAGUCAAGUUUUCCGUGCCAGCUAGAGUGAAACAUAAAGCAAUCACAGCAGGCGUCGUGGGUGGAAUUUUGUUUUUCAUUGUAGCUAUAAUUCUAUCAGUAUGUGCUGUUAAAAUCUGCAAUAAAAGAAAACGUCGGAAACAAGAGAAAGCGUACAACAUGGUGGCUUGUCGAAUAACUGAUUCUAGAAACGGAGGAAAUGCAUCGGAUAUCCAAGUGCCUUUGAAAAAACUUAGAAAAGGCCGAAUAUCAGGUUUGAGGCUCAUCAGUUUUAUUAUAAACUGGAUAUGGCCUCGAGACAGAUGCCGAACUGGCAGCAGUGUAAGUUGGCAUCCGGAUUAUUUGCAUACUGGUUCUCCGUCGAAGUCUCUUGGUCGUAUCUCUAGAGCAGCAGAUGGUCGUUUUGUUUUGGCGGAUUCCAUUUUAAGUCUACGCACCGAUAGUCCAUCAAACGUCAGCAGCAGUGAUGAUGGAGGAUUUUUACCACGAAAGGGAAUACGAAACCGAGCGUCAUGGCGUAAACCACUAAUUGCUUAUCCAAGUCAACUGAGUUUAAGAUCUGAUGCUUCAGGACAAAGCGCUAGGGACCCAAGUGGUUUGUUCAGUAAUUUAGUACAACGCACCCAUUACCCCGUCAAGCCCAUACCGACUAUAUAUACUCCCGCAACACCAAAUUUUCAAUCUAGUUCGCCAGCUACUUCAAGCGCUUUGCUGCUGUCACCAUGGAGUCCUCUUUACUUUAGUGAUUUAAGUUCUGUACGUUAUACGAGUUCCGGGGAACGUUCCUAUCCUACGCCUCCAGGAUUUGUACAACUAAAAUCAAUACAUGAGCGUUAUUCACAAGAGCUGCCAUCUUUACGUGCGAUUCAUGAAGAAUCCCAAGUUUUUAUACCAGUUCAUCCAAUCAGAGAAAGUCCUACACAGCGAAUAAAAUUUCCGCCUCCACAUCCUGGUUCCAGGCCGAGGGCAAGACUACUACCAAGACAUGCAAGAAUUGCACGCAGUGCUCCCGAAUUAGGUUCACCUGACCAUUUCGAUCGUUCCCCUGAAAGCAGAUCUAGUUCAAGCGGAUUUGGCAGUAAAAAUACAUCUUCACAACAAAACCAAAGUUCACAAAGCGGUAGUACGUUCACUGAAUGGAGAUUGCCACCAUACAGACCCCCACCGCCGCCUCCAUCAUCUUUGCCUCCUCCACCACCACAUGUAAGGCAUUGGUUAGAGCUAGCUUCAUCAUCGCCAUCAACCUCAGAUCAAAUACCAAAAUCUGUUGAUGUUGGCAGUGUUGAUGGCCACUAUGAAUUUGAUCCAUCCACCCCGACACCAACACCAUCGACACCCACUGGUUCUAGAGAUGUCGAUUUAGAUACUGGGCCUGUACGUAAAGUUUAUAGUACGUUACGGAGCAGGUACGAUAACAUCGAUGCUCGAGUUCAAGCUAUGAAGGAAGAAUUUAAUGAAUUUAGAAAGCGGCAAGCAAAACGAAGACGUAGUCACGAGUUAGAGAGUGCCUGUUGACAUUUAGUGUGUGUGAUUCUUGUUGAAAUACUAUUUACGAAAUUGUGUGAUCUUAUCGUCAAAAGUCACUAAGAAAUAUGUUCUAAAAAAUAAAUUCAAAAGGUACAUUAAUAAUAAGUAAUCAAGACUCCAAAGAAAUCGGAAAUGAUGUGAGUUAUAUUAGCUACUAUUAGUUUUAAACACAUACACAUUUUAAGUUUAUUGUGUUCAUUAUACAACUAGUGCACAGCUGUACGAAAUUUUUCGGGAAAAUGGAAUGAUUGUGACGUCUUGUUUGUUUAAUAAAUCUAGCUACGGUUAUGUAAAACACGAUGAUGUAUUUAUUAAACAUUUAAAAAAUUCAAGUUUCUAUCACCUACUACAAAUUGUUUUCUAAGCAAAAUCUGGUCUUGUUUAAAAAAUCCAUUACUUCAUAAAUUGUAUGUAUAACUACCUAUGUAUUUAGGACUAAAUUAUGAGAUUAUUUGUAAAGACAAGUUCUAAUUGUACCAAAGGCAAAAAUGAUAGAAAUACACAUACAUAACAAAAGAAAGAAGCUUAAUGUAACAGAAGUGACGAGUUCUGAUCUACAACUCUUUAAACUCCGACUUCAUCAACUUGAAUCGGAAAUAUUUUUCUAUUGUUGUUUAUCGUCAUUCCUUAAGAAAUACAAAGAAGUGUUUUGACUACGAAUUCUCUUUGUUAGUAUACGUUGCUAUGUAUGUCUUUAAAUUUACAAAAUAUCUAAACUUUUUUUCUCGAAACUUUCGAACAGGUGUGCCCUAACAUGAAGUGUAAUUGUACAUUUAACAUAGACAUCGUAUUUUUACUGUACCAAAUUGUCAUUAAACUCAAUUCAUCUCUUAUUUUAUUAAACAAGUAGGGCCAUCGGAAAAUGUGAUUUGUGGAUACCAAAUUAUCGAUCUGGUUUGGUGCUGCCCCCACCCGACCAUGUGCCACCGUUUUUUGAUCGAUUUUAUCUACGCCAACAAAUAAUUCUAACGCUUUAGCGCGACUCCGAUCGCGAUCAAAUUGUACACGAGAGGCUGUUGCGACAUUGUAAUAAGUACUAGAUGUUUUAGAAUGAAAUUUGUAUAAUGUACCUUCGCUCUAGGAGCAAAACAGGACAACUCCUGUAUAUAAUUCAAAAUUGUACUAGCAGUUAAAAACCGUUAAAGUUUUUAUUUUUCAUCUCUGACCAUUACCUAUUUAUGUACAAAUUUUUAAUUUUAUAGUUAUGUAGGUGUGUACAUCUAUAGUUUUGAUUUUCUUAUAAUGUCUGAAAUAAGUACAAGUUAUAUUUAGUGCAAAUUUUUAAAUGACUUGAGUGGUUCGAGUGAAGUGAUAUACUGACAGAUGUUACAACACACGAAUUCCAACAAUUUUUAAGAAAGUCCUCCAUAUAUUAAUUAAUUACUUCAAAGUGUAAGGGGCAAAUAAAUUACUAUUUUGAUUUACUUGCCUUUUUUAUUAUUGUUAUUCUUUAUUAUUUUUAAAUAAGGACGGAAACACUUUUUAAAUAAAAUUUGCAUGUCUUCUA